AUGUUGCCUUCCAAGUCUACACCGGCCACCAUCAAGAUCACUGCCGUUCAUGUCGAUGCUGUCAAUGAAGUCAACCGUGGAUUGGAAUGUAAGCCGAAUGCGACUAUUGAACUUGCACGCCAUAUACCGAGACAACGUUGGUCGAUAAAAGAUCAUAAAAUGGCUGUCACUAUACCUUGGAUGCAGCUAUCAGCAGCCCAUGGCAAUAUCAACAAGACGACAUCGACGUUUACUGAUCCUUUUUGGAACUAUUCGACAAAGGCAAUGGCUGAGAGCGAGUCCACCCGAGUAUUUGUGAAUGGAGACGUGAUCAUGGGUAUCAAAGAGGAUGUGCCAUCUCUCGCAGCAGCAAGUCUUUGUGAAUUCCAGCAACAGCAUCAAGCAUCCGUUUCCUUUGCAACCAAUGACACAACUAGUUCAAGUAGCAUGAUCCAAUCCAGUGAUCCGACUCAGCAAUCGGCACAUUCAUUAGCCAGUGGCAUUGUACAACAACAACACGACAUACCAUCAUCUAUUAUGUCAUCUGGUCAAUCAUCAUCCACCAAUAAGCAGCAGCACAAUCCUGUAUUGCCUCGUUUACCAUCCACAUCCACAUUACAACAUCUUCAAAGAAACGACACCAAGAAAUCACCUGCAUCUCUCUUUCAAUCAAUCAGCAACUUGUUUACUACGAAAAAGGAAGAGGAACAACAACAACAAUCAUCUGAUUAUCCAGCAUGGAUCCAGCAUUUGCAUUCAAGGCUGACAUCGCUUGUCGAGGAUUUGAAACCAGGUCAUCAAGAGAGGGGCACCUAUAGACACAAAAUCGUCAUUGUUGGUAUCCAUGGUUGGUUUCCUACAAAGCUGGUACGAAGCAUGAUUGGAGAACCAACCGGUACAUCACAAAAAUUCUGUCAACAAAUGCGGAUUGCCCUUGGACACUAUUUCCUCACAGAGCAUCAGCUUGCAUUACCAGAGGACGCAAUCACUCUUAUACCGCUUGAGGGCGAAGGCAAAGUAGAAGAAAGAGUUGACAAGCUAUACCAGCAACUACUGCAGAAUACGGCAUGGCUGGAAGCAAUAGCCUCUGCUGAUGUCAUUUUAUGGGGCACGCAUUCACAAGGCACACCUGUAUCGGUUAUCCUGUUACACCAACUACUGGAACGAGGUCAUAUAAGUACCCAGAGCACAUCCAUUUGUAUGCUUGCUAUGGCAGGGAUUGGUCACGGCCCAUUUGCAGCAUUACAAGGAAGUUUGAUUGUCAAGUAUGUGGAAGCGGAUGCUGCACGUGAGCUGUUCGAGUUCAUGGAUUCCAACAGCGGCAUCUCACAACGGUUUCGAAAGACGCUUGCCGCCAUACUUGAAAAGGGUAUCAAGCUCGUUUUGGUGGCUUCAUUGCAGGAUCAAGUGGUGCCUCUUUAUUCAGCUACGUUGACAAGCAUAUCACAUCCCAACAUCUUGCGUGCCGUGUACAUUGACAAGCAUGUUUAUGCUGACAACGACUUUUUGAUCAACCUGGUGGUGUUCGCUUUACGAUUACGCAAUGCAGGAUUAUCGGAUCAUGGUCUUUUGGUUCAUCUAAGUGAGGUGCUAGCAGGUAGCAUUUAUGCGUUUGAAGGAGGACAUUCAACGAUAUACGAAGAGGUGGAUGUUUAUUUGACAGCUGUGCGCUAUCUAUUUCAACAACCUAUUGAUCAUGGAUCACAGCAUGAGCCACACAUGGAGCCAUUCAAAGCAAGUGCUCGACUCAAUCCUUUUUAUCUUCCGUGGGCUGUUCGAGGGAUCUUUGAUGACACAAGGGUGGUUCAGCAUGCCUUAUCUGAGCUAGAGAGAUUGCACCAACUGUUUAAAGCUUGGACUCCGACCAGUACCAGGUUACGCGAGAUCAAAUUCCGUCUUGAACCUCUUGCCGAUUAUUGUUUACCCUGUAAAUGGAAGGAAGCUUAUUCCCAUCUUUUUCCCUACAACACCGCCUGUUUGGCUGCAAUGGACGUCAACACUGUUGAAGAUCUCUUGGCGAGACUCGCUACUGCACAAGAUUCUGACACUGUUCGCAACGUCACUUCUGCAUUGAACACUCAAGUGUACGCUUCACCCCAAUGUGUUCCUGCUCUUGUCCAAAUCAUUAGCAGCUCCCCGAGAGACGAGGUGCGACAACUUGCUGCAGUCGAGCUCCGUAAACGCGUUUCAAAGUGGUGGUUGAAGGUCGAUGAGUCUACACGCGCUCCUCUUCGUAGCCAACUCUUGCAAGUGGUCCUUUCCGAGCAACAUCAAUUGACUCGCCAUGCUAUCUCACGUGCCAUUUCAUCCAUUGCUCGUAUUGAUAUCCCCGAGAAUCGUUGGCCCGAGCUCUUGUCUUUCUUGCAUCAAGCUACUAGCAGUGCUACCGUGAGCCACCGUGAAGUUGGCAUGUAUUGUAUUUAUACCCUUUUCGAGGUCGUUGCCGAAUUCUUCAUGAACCAAGCUGCUUCCCUCUUUGAACUCUUCGCAAAGACCAUUGUUGAUCCCGAGAGCCAAGAAGUCCGUGUCACCACUGUGCUUGCCCUUGGCAAGAUGGCCGAAUUCAUUGAUCCCGAGGAUAAGCAAGAUAUUAAUGCGUUCAAGCAAUUGAUUCCCGCUAUGGUGAAUGUCCUCGAACAAGUCUUGAAGAACAGCGAUGAGAAGAAUGCCGCCGAGAUCUUUGAAGUGUUUGACAACUUGUUCAUGUUGGAUACACCUUUCCUUUCUGAUCACAUGACCGACCUUGUCAGAUUCAUGCUUACCGUUGCUGGUACUCGUGACUUGGAUGACAGCCUUCGUGAAUUGGCUUUGUCUUCUUUGAUGUGGGGAUCCAUCUAUAAGCAAAGCAAGAUCAAAUCUCUCAAGUUGGUUGGCCCUAUUAUCGAAAGUGUCAUGCCUAUUGGUACCGAAGAGGAUCCCGAGGAUGUGGAUGAUGAAUCACCUUCCAGAGCUGCUUUCAAGGUGCUCAAUGCCCUUGCAUCCAACAUGCCUCCUCAACAAAUUGUGCCAAUCAUGAUGCCCAUCGUUCUCAACUAUAUGCAAAAUCCCUCUGCUGGUCAUCGCAAGGCUGCCAUGAUGAGCGUUGCAGUGAUUAUUGAAGGCUGUGCCGAGUUUAUUUCUACCCGAUUGGGUGAGCUUCUUCCUGUGGUAUGUGCAGGUCUUCAAGAUCCCGAGGUGAUUGUUCGUCGUGCAGCAUGUAUGGCUCUUAGCUGCCUUGCCGAAGAGCUUCCUUCCGAAAUGUCUGAGCACCAUCAAACACUCAUGCCAUUGGUGUUCAACCUCUUGAACGAGCCCAACCCUGAAAUCACCAAGCACGCAUGCAAUGCUCUUGAUCCUAUGCUUGAUGGCCUUGAAGGUGAAAUUCUUCAAUAUCUUCCUAUGCUUAUGGAACGUCUUGUGUGGCUUCUUGACAAUGCCAACCACACCGAAACCAAGGCCACUGCUCUUGGUGCUAUUGGCAGUGCUGCUCACUCGGCAAACGAAUCCUUCCAACCCUACUUUAAUGAAGUCAUGCCUCGUAUUCGUCAACUCAUGUCCGCCACUUCUGGUAAUGAUGAUGGUUUAUUGCGUGGUGUCGCUUCGGACACGGCUGGUGCUGUUGCUGAAGCUGUUGGUGCCGAUGUCUUCCGCCCUCACACUCAAGACUUUAUGAACCUUGCUAUUGAACAACUUAACCUUGACAGCCCUCGCCUUCGUGAAUGCUCUUACGCUUUCUUCUCGGUGAUUGCCAGCGUUUUCCAUGAAGAAUUUGCACCUUUCCUUCCUACUAUCAUGCCUGCCAUUCUCGCAUCUUGCAAGGCUGAAGAGGGUAACGAACCCAACUUGGAGACUGAAAUUGAUUUGACAGCUGGUGGCGAAGAUGAAGAGGAUGAGGAUGACUUUAGCGCUCUCAACUUCAAUUCCGCUAUUGCCGAUGAAAAGGAAUUUGCUGCCGAUGCUCUUGGUGAGCUUUUUGAAAACACCCGUACACACUUUUUGCCCUAUGUUGAGGAAUCAGUCGAAGCCCUUAUGGAAGCAACGGGUCACUUGUUCGAUGGUGUUCGUAAGGCCGCUCUUGGUAGUUUGUUCACCUACCUCAAGGCCUUCCAUGCUCUUUCAGGUGCUGCAGACUGGACCCCUGGUUUGCCUGUCAGCUAUGCUAUCCACGAGAAUGUACAAAAGAUGCUUGGUAUCGUCAUGCCCACUGUGAUGGCCAUGUGGUCCGACGAGGAUGAUAGAAUGGUGGCUGUGCAAAUUUGCAAGGAAAUGACACAAGCUCUCAAGUUGAUGGGUCCCUGCGUUGUUGCUGAUCAUCUGCAAGAGGUUUCCGAUCGUAUUUUGGAGAUCUUUGAAAAGCGUUCAGCUUGCCAGGAGACUUAUGACGUGGAGGAUCUUGUGGAUGAGGAUGAAGAAGCUGAAUCCGAAUCUAUGCUUAUCGCUGCCGCUGCUGAUCUUGUUGCCGCCCUUUGUGAAGCUAUCGGUGAAAACUAUGUUCAAUACUUUGAUGUGUUCCUUCCCUUGAUCGCCAAGAACUACAAAUCUACAAAGUCAGCAAGUGAGCGUCUCAUGGCAACCGGUUGCCUUGGUGAAUGUAUCGGUGGCAUCAAGUCUGCAGUGACACCUUACACUGAAAAGUUGCUCAACCUCUUUGUCAAGGCUGCUUCGGAUGAGGAUGAAGCUGUGCGAAGCAAUGCAGCAUUUGCCUUGGGUGUGCUUGCAGCCAAUACCACAGCCGACAUUUCACAGCAAUAUUCCACCAUCUUGACCGCACUCCACCCAUUGUUCGAGAAUCAAAGCAUGCCCAACACCACUGAUAAUGCAGCAGGCGCUGUUGCUCGUUUGAUUAUUGCUCGCCCUGAAGCUGUUCCUUUGGAUCAAGUGCUACCAGUCUUUUUGAAUUCGUUACCUCUCAAGGCUGAUUAUGCUGAAAAUGAGCCCGUAUUUAAUUGUCUUUUCCAUCUCUUCCGCGUCAACAAUGGAUUUGUUAUGGGACACAUUCCUCAAUUCUUGCCCAUCUUUUCAACUGUGCUUUCAAACGAGGACCAACUCAGUGAUGCUACCCGGGGACAAUUGGUGGAGCUUUUGCGUGCCCUUAAUGGACAAUCGCCUGACCUUAAUUUGAGCUCCACUGACUUGGGACGAUUCUUGUAA